AUGCGCUUUCAUGGAGUAUCGAUCUCCCAUCUGAUUAACACGCAACUACAUUCCAGUGUUGGUCGGACUGGCUGUCCUCCUUACCGCUGUCAUGUCCACCGCACCAUCUGUCAUCAUGCCCGGAGGCCGAAUCUAUGCAUUCCUAGGGCGACCCCUACCUCCAUAGUCCCGCAUAGAACUGCCAAAUCUAAAUCUGUUGUGAAACUCAAAGACUUGCCUCAAGGGGCGUUGAAAUUGGAACCCUAUGAUGAUGGCGCCAAUGAUGGCCCUCAGUACCCUGUCGUUUUGCAGGGGCAUCGGAACAAUAUGCAAAGGUUUAGGAACUGCGUGGUGUUGACCCGUGUUGGCGGAUUCUACGAGCUGUAUUUCGAACAAGCCGAAGAGUUGGCUCCCUUGCUGAACCUUAAACUGGCUAUAAGAAGAACAAGCGCUGGGCCCGUAUACAUGGCCGGCUUCCCUUUCUUCCAACUGGACCGGUUCCUCAAGAUACUUGUUCAGGACUUAAGCAAGUAUGUGGCCAUUAGUGAGGAGUUCGCCAACGAUGCCGAGGGCAAGCUUCGCACCGGGGGUCUUCAAUUCGAUCGCAAGGUCGCGAGGAUCAUCACACCUGGUACCUUGAUUGAUGAGAAGUUCAUGGAUCCUUCCGAGAAUAACUUCCUGCUGGCAAUCUAUAUAGAUGGCAGCUCGGUGAAAGAGCAGGUAGAGCAGGACGAUGGGGCUACGAAGCAACACGUUCUGCCAUCCACGUCUCAGAAUGUAGGCUUGUCCUGGCUGGAUCUCUCCACCGGCGACUUUUUCACUCAGGUCACCACGGCGCAAAUGCUGCCGUCGGCUAUUGCCCGGAUCGGCGCUCGUGAGAUCCUGGUGGAUCAAGCGCUAGGAGACGGGGUCAGGCAAGAGCUGCAGCUGCUGACCGGGCACGACCACCGGUUGAUGACAUUUUUCCCAUUCCCUUCGAAGAUCGAGCCCAUGACGAAGUGGGGCCCUGUGCUUGAAGCACCCAUAUCUGCCAAAGCCGCGGCGUCCUUCACCUCGGAGGAAGUGGCUGCUGGCUUCAGCCUUCUUGAAUACAUCCGGGUGCAGCUACAAGGGUUGAAUAUGAAGCUUCAGCCUCCGCGCCGUCGAGAUCUGGACGAAUCCAUGAGCAUUGACCGGAACAGCCUAAGGGGCUUGGAAAUACUAGAGACAGCCCGGGAUGGCUUUGGGAAAGGAACAUCACCUUCGACGUCUAUGACUGUGAUUAACGAACGAUUGGAUCUUGUGUGUACAUUCAUCGACGACGCAGAAUUACACCGCAAUGUCAUCAAUUACUUGAAGCGGAGCUAUGACGCGCAGCGGCUGGUUCAGAAAUUCACUCUGGGGCGGGGAGAUGCAGAUGACCUGAUAUGUCUAUCUCGAGCCAUUGAAGCUUCAAAGGAGAUCAGGCGGGUGUUGAUGAGCAAAAAGCGCAAAUGCAAGGAUACACCAGCAGCUCAGAGCCUCAAAUCCAUGACGGAUCGCCUGUACAUGAAUGGGCCUAUCCUCCUGGCCGAGAAGAUCUUGGCGGCGAUUGAUGAAGAGGGGUUGUUACAGAAGCAACGCAUCGAGGACGACACGGCUGCUGAAGCGGCAAUGCUUGCACAGGAGGUAGCCUUCAGUGAAGCCCUACCGGGCGAAAUAGAGACACUGCCGAAGAAGGUCAGGACGAAGAGCGGCGAACGAGGUGGCAGCGGGGCAACCGAUGAGGCGUCGACCCUCGAGACCUGGAUCAUGCGGCGCGAUGCCAGCCCGGCUCUCCAUGACCUCCACGAGGAAUUAGACCGACUGCACAACGAGAAAGCGGAACUCACCCAGCGCCUUCGCGACGCUGUGGGGUCGACAGCCCUCUCCCUCAAAUGGACACCGGGUCUAGGCCACAUCUGUCACGUCAAAGCUGCUAAGAUCUCCCAAGAGUCAUUAGAAGAAUUGGGGGUGACACGGAAUGUCUCAAUGACCAAGUCUACCCGGUCCUUCUACCUGCCGGCGUGGACCGAGCUGGGCGGCCAGAUGGACCAAGUCAAGCUUCAGAUUCGGCAGGAAGAACAGGCGAUCUUCGAGACGCUGCGCCGCGAGGUCAUCCUCAAUCUUGUCAAGAUCCGCCGUAACGCAGCCGUGAUGGACGAGCUGGACGUGGCAUGCUCCUUUGCCACCCUGGCCCACGAACAGAGGCUAGUCCGUCCGAUCCUCGUCGAGGGCAAAUGCCACAAGAUUGUAGGCGGUCGACAUCCCACGGUCAAGCUGGGUCUGGAGGAGCAGGGCCGGCGGUUCGUCAGCAACGAUUGCUUCCUGGGCGACCCGGACCGCAUCUGGCUGGUAACCGGGCCCAACAUGGCCGGCAAGAGCACCUUUCUCCGACAGAACGCCCUGAUCACGAUCCUGGCGCAAGUGGGGUCCUUGGUUCCGGCCGACUACGCGGAGAUGGGCAUUGUCGACAAGAUCUUCAGUCGCAUUGGCGCGGCCGACGACUUGUUCCGCGAUCAGUCGACUUUCAUGGUCGAGAUGCUGGAGACGGCGGCCAUCUUGAAGCAGGCGACUCCGCGCUCCUUCGUCAUCAUGGACGAGGUGGGUCGGGGCACGACCCCGGAGGAUGGGACGGCGGUGAGCUUUGCGUGUCUGCACCACCUGCACUAUCACAACCGCUGCCGCACGCUCUUUGCAACCCACUUCCACGCGCUGGCAGACAUGACCCAAGACUUCGAGUCGCUGGGCCGGUAUUGCACCGAUGUCAAGGAGACGGCCAACGGUGGGUUUUCGUUCGUGCACCGGUUGCGCAAGGGCGUGAACCGUGAAUCGCACGCGCUGAAAGUCGCCCAGCUAGCCGGAUUGCCCUCGGAGACUAUUGAACUGGCGCGACGUGUGCGUCAACAAGGACUAGCCACUAAUCCAGAGCAGUGCAGCCAGACAUCAGCCCCAGCAUAAAACACACCCAUCGCGGCAAGCAUCCAAUCCCUCUCCCCAUUCAGCACAG